AUGCCAGACUUGCUACUACAGAUCUGUUUUUUAGCCCUUUCUCUUUCAGAAAAUAUUCCUCCGACGAUAGCCCGGAAUAUUAUCACUUCGACGCAUCUUCCAGACUUUGAGCAAGAUGAUGACUGGCCACAAAAUACGUUAUUAGCUGUCAGUUGUUUUGACAGUCCUGAAUCUCUGCGAAAUGCAGUAGAUUUUGCCGUACCAGAUAGAGUGAUUGCUCCAAUAAAUCAGCAAAAAGUGGUGCAUGAUAAUAUUCGUAUCGCUCAAAGUGCAGGUUUUCGGGCAUCAGAAGGUUUUGAUCCGAACCGUUUUAACCCAGUGCCUACCGUUAGUGAUAAAGAAUUUAUGCUGUGGGAAUCCAUUCUGUUUGAAAUGCAGCGCGGAAGCCAACCAUCGGAGUAUGAGCCGGACGAAACAUAUUCGGAACUGUUUUCAGAAGAAACUGCUGCUGAAUUGGUGCCUGCAAAAUCCGCUGAAUUGUUUAAUGUCCAGGCAGAAAAAAAAUUAACCCCCGAAUACUCCUGUCCUUCAACUUCCAGCAAUGCGCGAAAUAUUUUUUUUCAUGGUUUUAACCCAUCCGAAAUCCAUUCCACAUACCAAAUGUUAGAAGCCGGAAGAAGCAAAAUCGAAUCGGAAUUUAUUAAAAAACGAUAUACCGCUGAACUGCUACAUACGAGCUCAACAAAACCAGCUACUGUUUCGGGGCCGCACACUGAGCCAGCUUCUGGGCCAAGUGUUAGGGCAACUGAGUACAAGGAGACAAAAUCGACGGAACAGUUUGAUUUUGCCAAAUGUCAGCGUGGUUUUACUGGGAAAAUAUUUUGCCAUAAUUCGUUUCUGAAUUUCCGACUUCAUCUUGAAAGUCACAAUCAGAAUAGUGAAAACUGCUGUCGCUGGCAUGAAUGCGGCAAAAAUUUCAGAAAUUACCGGAUGCUUGAUCAGCAUUAUUUCGAGCAUCUGGCAACUAAUUCCGAACUGGUCUUAUUCCGCUGCUGA